AAAUCGGAUUCUGUUGCUGUGGGACUCUAAGAAGUGUUUUUAGCUAAAUAACUAAAAAGCAACUUGGUGGUGCAUUUCAGAGAAGGAUGGUUUUCUUGCCAAGAGUGUGUGGGCCCUGAUGUUGUCAUAAUGGGCUGUUUUGUUUGGCUCUGGGCCCUCGCUCAUGAAAGACUCUUUCACUCGCUGCCCUGCUUAUAGAGAAACGCAGCCGUGUUCAGGCCACAGUGUGUGUGACGCUCCCGAGGCCACGUUUAGAGGAAUUUAGCUGCAAGCGAAUGACACAGAGUUAAAGACCACAGAGCCUGACUGUGACCCGCAGCACAGUGACGAUUUAACUUAAAUGUCUCAUUAGUUUUUAUUUUAACUUUAUGUAGAAACAUCAUAUAAAUAAAUAAAUAUUCCUCCUCUCCACCUCUUAUGUACUAGAAUGAAGAAUCUACUUCUGAACAUCAUUUUCUUCAGCUAUGUAAAAUCAUGAUUGUUGAUUAUUUUCCUUAUUGAUUAUUCUUUUAAUUAUUUUCCAUUAAUCAUUUGAUCUGUUUAACAUUAGACAUUAGACCCCAUUGAAAAUAUAAAUGAAAACAUCCUCCGAUAUUAAGAUGUAUAAAAUAGUUCACUUUCUGUCAUAUAAGAUACAGAAAAGUAGGAAAUGUAAUGUGUACCAUUUAUAAAGCUAGAAACUUCUUCUGCUAUUAACUAAUCAUUUAAGCUCAGGGUAUAAAGUUCUGUAUUAGAUAAGGCUACGACUAGAGCCAUUUUUGUUUGAUCGCAAAUUCAGCUUUUUGAUUUGUGACAGUAGCUGGGGCCACAUCAGCCAUCUGUAUUUAUAUCACCAUGUAUAUCCUGCUCCACCUGUUCACCAUCCAUUGUUGAGCUUGCUCCUCCCAUCCUCCAUGUUGACAAGCCUCUCCAGAGGCCACAUGAUAUUCACCCAACCUGACACCGGGCCACUUCUUUCUUCUCCACAUAAUAUUUAACCUUGCAUGCACUCACUUGUGUGAGCGCCUACCAGGAACUAUUUAGUGACAUAGAAUACAGCUGUAAAGGAGUGAUCUGCCUGCUGUCAGGAGAACAGACUUCAUUUCAGGUGAACACGGAUGGAGAGUACGUGAGUCAUUCCAGGCCUCUGUCUUCCAUGUCUGCUCCCCCAGGCUACACUCGACUGGAGCAGAAUGAGCCUAUGAACUCCUUGCGAAUCUCCGUAGGAGGCCUCCCCGUUCUGACUUCUAUGGCCAACACCACUGACCCUCGUUUCCGCCUCAAGUGGAAGCCCAUCGUGGCCGUGGCUUUCGCCCUCUCGUUACUCCUGCUGCUCUUCAUGAACUUGAGCUCAGGCUUUCGCUCCCGCCACUACAAGUCGUACAGCUGGAGAGCCACGCACGGUGACAACUGGCAGUCCGAUGGCCAUUAUAAUGACACCUACCCUCUCAGUCUGCCUGAGAGCACGCCGCAGGGCACCCGCUACCGCAUUGGGGUCAUCGCUGACCUGGACACAAACUCCCGUAGUGACAAGAAGCUGACGUGGUUCAGCUACUUGCGGCGGGGGUACCUGCUGGUGUCCGAUAGUGGCAACAAGGUGGCGAUUGAUUGGGACGCGGACAUGGUGGUGCUGGAAAGCCACUUGUCAGAGAAAGGCAGGGGUAUGGAGCUGUCUGAGCUGGUGGUGUUCAACGGGAAGCUGUACAGCGUCGAUGACAGAACGGGCGUGGUCUACCACAUCGAUGGCGACAAAGCUGUGCCCUGGGUCAUCUUACCUGACGGCGAUGGCAGCGUUGCCAAAGGGUUCAAAGCUGAGUGGCUGGCAGUGAAAGACGAGCACCUGUACGUCGGUGGUCUGGGGAAGGAGUGGACCACCACUGAGGGCGAGUUCGUCAACAACAACCCAGAAUGGGUAAAAGUAGUUGGCUUCAGAGGGGACGUGCAACACCAGAACUGGGUCCCCAGGUACAAAUCUCUGAAGUCCGCUGCAGGGAUAGAGCCUCCAGGCUAUCUCAUCCACGAGUCAGCGUCGUGGAGCGACACCCUUCAGCGCUGGUUUUUCCUCCCCCGCCGUGCCAGCAUGGACCGCUACGAAGAGACGGCGGACGAGCGUCGCGCCACGAACCUUGCCCUCAGCUGCUCGCCAGAUUUCAAAGACAUCGUGGUGGCUCGGGUGGGUCCUCUCAACCCCACUCACGGUUUCUCCUCCUUCAAGUUCGUCCCCAACACAGACGACAAGAUCAUUGUGGCGCUCAAGUCGGAGGAGGACGCUGGAAAGGUGGCCACGUACAUCAUGGCCUUCACGCUUGACGGACGCAUCCUUUUACCUGAAACCAAGAUUGGCGACGUGAAGUAUGAAGGCUUGGAGUUCAUAUAAAGGAACUCGGACACUCGGUCUUGAGGCCAUUGCACUGUAGUUCUAUUUUGUUUACAAGCCAGUCACUGUUGAAGUUAAUGCACUCGCUGCUUACUCAUUAAGUUUGCAAAAGACACAAGUCAGACCCUUAGAGGAUCCUCUUCAGUGCGAGGAGGAGAACACGCGAGCUGAGACUGUGAAGCGUGGUCCCGCUGUGGCUUCAGAGAAAGUGUCCGUCAGACCGAACAAUACCAGCAUUUUUCAUGGUGCAUCAUCUCCUUCCUCAACAUUACUGUAGCCUUUCUUAUAAUGAAUGUACUAACGAUUGAUUUAUCAGACUGUGAUUGGUAUACAUUUUUAUGCACAUACUUUACACUCUGAAAAGGUCAAAGGUCAUUUCCCCCUUUGCUCCAUGUCGAACUGCAUCACUCUGUACACAUCAAACAUUAAUAUUGUCAGGGGAAAUCACUGAAAGCCUGUUUUUAUUCUUCGUAAAAAAACAAAAAUCUACAUCAUUUGAAGGAUUUGAGGAAAUUAGAAUUACAAUGUAUGUAAUGUGUUUUUUGUCUGGAGGGUGUGCUGACUAAGUAAAUUCUUGAUUCCUC